AAUGAAUAUUGAAUAGUAAUAGUAGCCUAAAAGUAAAGUAAACAAAUUUAUUGUAAUUGUUUUUGUUUACUUAUGUUUCGGCUUCGGUUUGAUUGCGAUUGCAUUGCAUUAACUAACCAAUUAAAUCAACUAACUGUCAUUGUGUUAAUCAUACAUUGUCGAAGCUAAUAGUUUAGAUAAACUUAUAAUGUAAAUGAAACUUAUUCAAUUUGCUACUAUUUCAAUAAAAUUGGCGAGAAUAUUUGUCAAAAUAAUGGAGUCUGAGCCAAAACCUCAGUGCAAUUGCUUCGGUGAAUAUCAGGAAGAAGACACUGGUCGGAGACCUAAUACAUAUGUUGGUGUGCUCGAUGUUUUGGACACAAAGAAACGAGUGAUAGAUACGAGCGUUCCUCUCAACAGCGGGACGUCCAUGCCAGUCAUCGGGCUCGGAACGUACCUUGUAACCGAAAAUCAGAUCUACGAUGUGUUGGACGAGGGAUUGAAAGCUGGUUAUAGACACAUUGACACGGCUGCAGUCUACCACAAUGAGGAGGCCAUCGGUGUCGCUCUCAAAGACCUUCUGCCCAAGUACAACCUCAGGCGGGAGGACAUCUUCAUCACUACUAAGUUGUCCCCUCAAGACCUGUCUGAGCAGAGGGCCAGAGUAGCUAUCAACAAGUCUCUGGCACUGCUAGGAGUCUCCUAUCUGGACCUGUAUCUGAUCCACUGGCCCGGAGCGCAGGGUGUGCAGGCUAACAGUCCAGACAACGCACGGCUGCGGAUUGAUGCGUGGAAGACGAUGAUACAAGCACAUGACAGAGGUCGUGGAGCUCUGAGAGCGAUCGGUGUCAGCAACUUUACACCCAAACAUCUAGAGCAGAUAAUCAAGGCUACUGGGGUUGCCCCAGCUGUCAAUCAGGUGGAGUUCCAUCCACAUUUCCGUCAGCCAGACGAGAUGUAUGUGGUUUGUCAGAAACACCGUAUACUGCUGCAAGCGUACAGCUCACUGGGCGGCAACAAGAACAUGAAGCUGCUGACAGAGCCAGCUGUGCGCGAGGCGGCUGCGGAACAUCAGGUGUCUGCUGCGCAGGUACUGCUGCGGUGGGCGCUGCAAGUCGGAUACGCUGUGAUACCCAAGUCAGUAACUCCCGACUAUAUUCGCUCUAACACCCAGUUGGACUUUGUACUAUCAAGUGAAGAGAUCUAUAACAUCUCCUUGCUCUGUCGUCAAGAGAAGUACGCCUGGGAUCCGUCAACUAUAUUUUGAAAUGCUUUUCGCGUAUUUUCUAACGUUGAUUUGUAUAUUUAUAUUAUUUAUGAAUAAAUGUAUUUUUAUAUAGGUUACAA